AUGGAAGACAACAAUGAUAAUAACCUGCUGGAAGAUAUCAAUGAUAAUCUCUUCAAUGGGAUGGAAAUCGCUGAAGAUAUUCAUCUACCACCACAAAGAACUCCCUCCUUGAGCAGUUUGAGAGCAAAAGAUUUGCUCAGGCACAAGUUACAGAUGACCCACGAGCGCAAUCCUGAUAAAGUUUUUAAUGCUGUUUACCCGUCGAUAAAGAUGAUGUGCAUGGACAACUUCAACAAUGAACUGCAGAGAGCCAAGCUGAACCAAGUGUUUGAGGGAGACUCGCGAAAACAAAAGUUCCAAAUUCUACGUGCAAUUCUUACGUCGCCCAGAUUCACGGAGCUCAUUAUACGGGAAUCAACAAGUCUUAUUCCAAUACCAGAUCAUCCUCCUUUGGCCUGGCCUGAACCAACAACCAGUUGGAAGGACCAUCCUCAGCUUAGGGGUUACAUGGAAGAACACAAGAAUGAUACAGCUCACUUAGAUGAGCAUUCACUCGUGGAUUUCGUCAGAUUCAUGCGGAACUUCAUUGCCCACUCCCUCCAAUGUGACGAAAACUACAGGAAGAAUACUCUCGGUACAAGUCGAAUUAGCAGAAAACAUUUCUCGUUAUUUUUCGACAAGGCAUUCCCGCAGAUGAUCUCUCUCCUAACUUGGAUGUACGUCGGCGCGUGCGAUGUUGACGAUGAAAUUAUCGAAAUUCUUGGAUCGGAAGAAGAAAACUUGGACCUUCUAUACAAGCCCGACUUGAUCGAAUUUCUCUUGACCCUGACAGAGUACUUUUACGACCGAUUGAACAUCACCAGGGAUCAACUUUCGACGAUAUUGCUGCAAAUCAUCAAGUUCGACGAUAUCGACAGCUUCAAAGAAGUCUUGAUAAGAACAAAGAACUACAAGAUACCAAAGAAUAAAAAGGAUGCACAAACUCAAACCAAGUUCCAAAAGCAUAACAAGGGUACAAACAUACCAGAGAGAGAGCCUCCGAGAUUUCUACUUCCCGAAGUCCCCACUUUUUCGAAUUUCCCUGAAAAUCAGCUGGAUCGGGAACCGGUCCCUCAGUCUGACUCCGCCAAAGGUUCCAUUUCCCCUGACAUACACGACCAACUAUCUAAUCUCUUUCUUCCAGAGUCUUGA